CUCACUUUUCAAACUCCUCAAAAACCCAAACCCUCCCUCACUCAAUUUCGCAGUUAAAUCUCUUUCGCUUCGAUUCGGUUCGGUUCAAUUUCUCAAUUCCGAAUUCGAUUAACUGCAAAUUCCUCCGAUUGUUAAACGAUGUCGUACCGUCCCAGCGCAAACGCGAGGACCGAGGUCCGUCGCAACCGAUACAAGGUGGCUGUUGAUGCCGAAGAAGGCCGCAGACGGCGCGAGGAUAACUUGGUUGAGAUCCGGAAGAAUCGAAGGGAGGAAAGCUUGCAGAAGAAGAGGCGUGAGGGACUUCAAAAUCAGCAGAUGCCUGCGUCAGUUCAACCUGGUUUACUAGAGAAAAAGUUGGAACACCUACCAGACUUGGUUAAAGGAAUUCGGACUGAUGAUAAUAGCCUGCAGUUCGAGGCAACAACUCAGUUUCGGAAGUUGCUUUCAAUUGAACGUAGCCCACCGAUUGAGGAGGUUAUACAAGCUGGUGUGGUUCCACGAUUUGUUGAGUUUCUAAUGAGGGAGGAUUUUCCACAGCUGCAGUUUGAGGCUGCUUGGGCUUUGACAAAUAUAGCUUCUGGAACAUCUGAUAACACUAAGGUAGUAAUUGAUAGCGGUGCUAUCCCAAUUUUUGUGAGGCUCCUUGCUUCUCCUAGUGAUGAUGUCCGUGAACAGGCCGUGUGGGCAUUAGGAAAUGUAGCUGGAGAUUCACCUAAGUGCCGUGAUCUUGUUCUUGGUCAUGGAGCUUUGCUUCCUCUGUUGGCUCAAUUGAAUGAGCAUGCCAAACUUUCUAUGCUCAGAAAUGCUACUUGGACACUCUCAAACUUCUGCAGGGGGAAGCCACAGCCUGCUUUUGAUCAGGUUAAGCCUGCACUUCCCGCACUUGCCAGUCUCAUCCAUUCUAAUGAUGAAGAAGUCUUGACUGAUGCCUGUUGGGCACUUUCAUAUCUUUCUGAUGGUACAAAUGAUAAAAUUCAAGGCGUAAUUGAAGCUGGUGUCUGUAGCCGGCUUGUUGAGCUUCUUCAGCACCCAUCUCCUUCUGUGCUUAUUCCUGCUCUCCGCACAGUUGGAAAUAUUGUCACUGGAGAUGACAUGCAGACACAGGUCAUCAUCAACCAUCAAGUUCUUCCCCGUCUUAUGAAUCUCUUAGCUAAUAAUUAUAAAAAAAGCAUCAAGAAAGAAGCAUGUUGGACGUUGUCGAACAUCACAGCUGGGAAUACACAACAGAUUCAGGCUGUAAUUGAUGCCAAUAUAAUUCCUCCUUUGGUCACCUUGCUUCAAAAUGCUGAGUUUGAUAUCAAGAAAGAAGCUGCAUGGGCCAUCUCUAAUGCUACAUCGGGUGGAUCUCAUGACCAACUCAAGAUCUUGGUAAAUCAAGGGUGUAUUAAGCCUCUGUGUGAUCUUCUCAUAUGUCCUGAUCCUAGGAUCGUGACUGUUUGUCUUGAAGGGCUUGAAAACAUCUUAAAGGUAGGCGAGGCUGAUAAAAAUAUUGGCAGCACUGAUGGUGUGAAUCUGUUUGCCCAAAUGAUUGAUGAUGCUGAGGGUUUGGAGAAAAUAGAGAACCUCCAGAGUCAUGACAACACUGAGAUUUAUGAAAAGGCUGUGAAGAUUCUUGAGACAUACUGGUUGGAAGAAGAUGACGAGACCAUGCCUGCAGGGGAAGGGUUCAACUUUGGUGGCUCCGAAGUUCCUUCCGUGCCUACUGGUGGAUUCAACUUCAACUAGAAGUUAUUCACCUUUUAUUAAGGAGUGUGGCCGGUCCAUCAGUGAAGUCCUCCAGUAUUGUGGUUCAGUUCAACAAUUGAGGGUCUAGUUAGUGUCGUUUCAUUGUCCUCAGGUUCUAUAAGGUCCAGCCUUGGUAAAUAGGCUGUUACUGGACCGGCUUGGGUUUUUGAAAUGGCUGGUUUUUACAUACAUCAGUGGGACAGUUGGGGUGCCAAGUGAUUUGGCUCUUCUAUAGAAUUUCAUGUUAAAUUUCGUUAUUUUUCCUGCAUAGAUUUGGAGUCAUUAAGUACCACUUAUGAUUCUGGCUAUUUUGGCAAAUAUCAAAUGAUACUAUUCUUUCUUCAU